AUGAGCGACAACGACAACGAUCGAGAGAUGCCUAGCGAGGAAGAGCGCGAGUUCGAGGAGAACUGGCCGGUGUUCCGGGCGACCGUUCUUCCGGGGAUGAUCAAGGCUAUGCAUGAGAGGUCUGCCAGGACCAACGCUCGCUUUGCUGCUCUCAGAGCGGCGAGGGAAUCCUCUUUGCAGCCGAUCGAGGCGUUCGACACGAUGAACGUCUUCAACAAUGAGGUGCGCCGUGCGAGGUCCGCCACGACACGGAGGCCGCCUACAAAGCUCUUGGGGAAGAGGAAGUCCCCCGACGUCGACGAGGACUCAGAGCCGAUUGAUUCAGCUGACAACCACAGCGCUGCCAAACGCGAAUUACACUCGUCCCCCGAGCCCAUUGAUGCAGUAGGCAGUCGCUCGGGCAAGACGGCCACGACGCGCCACAGUGGCGACAAGGCCCCACGCGGUAACAACUCCGACCGCCACGCGCCCGUCGCGAAAAAGCCGAAGCUCGCCAUCGAACUACCGCCUGCAUCGACUUCCCGUCUGCCUUCGGCGUACACCGACUCGGACACAGAAGAAGAAAGCUCAUGCGACGAAGCACAGGCGCGCGAGCCCGUGCCUCGCUCAUCGUCGCCGCCGGCGGAACAACGGUCGUCGUCGCCCAUCGUGACGGCAUCAUCGAGCGUUACCCGCCCACCUGCGCUCAAGAAAGGGAAGGUUGCAGUCCCCUCUUCGCCUGCGGAGGAUGUAUCCACAUGGACGCCCGCCCCUCGCCGUACUGCUCGCAAGGGAACCGACUUGGCGAACGCCAGUACGAUCACUACGCCUGGCGCGCUUUCCAGCGUACAGCGCGCGGCGUCGGGCGAUGUGUACAGGAAGCCGCCGCCUCCGCCGCUCGGCAUGCGUCCGAUUGCUGAUAAGGGGAAGAGCAAGAUGGCACCGCUUCCCCCGCCUCCGCCGCGACCCGCUGUGAAGAAGGCUGAGACGGCGCCUGCCCUCACCGGUAAGGACAAGGCGUCGGGAUCGAAGGGUGUCAAGAAUCCCCCGUUAGUGUUGCCCACGAUGAAGAAGGCCGCUAGUACACCCGUCGCUAGUGUUUCGACGUCCAAGUCCGCAUCGGCGCGGCCCACGGCGAAGAAGGCCGCUAGCACUCCUGCCACUAGUGCUUCGACGUCCAAACCCGCACCUGCGGCGGCGGCGAAGAAGAAGGCGCCUGCGAAGAAGAACGCAAAGGAGAAGCCGCCGAGGUUGGUGCCGAAGGAGUAUGCGCGGUGGCUCAUCGAGAACCGGGAGACGAAGUGCAGGAAAUGCCCGGAGAAGGAUAAGCAUCUGAAGGGAAAGCGCAUUCUGUUUAUCAGUAUAGACUUCACGACGGCGACUGAGGGAACCAGGAAUAAGAUGCGCCUUCUUCUCGAGUACGGUGCAGAGCUUCUUCCUGAAUGGAACAAGGACUAUCAGCCCAACGUGAUCAUAACCGACUGUAGGAACGCGAACCAGUUCGUAGAGCAGGCCGGCAUCAAGUCUUUGGACGAGAUCCCCGAGGAGCUGCCCAUCGUCACCUGGGAAUGGACGUUCAGGACUCAUAGGCCGCAUAUGGACUUCCCGGCGUUCGACGAGCGGAUCCCGAUGAUACCAGGUCUCACCAAGGAGAGGAUUGCGGAGCUUGACGCGAAGCCGAAGAAGACGCGCGAAGAGAUUCGGCGUAUGCUUGGGUAUGAUUCGAACUCGUCGCGGGAGUCUUCGCCGGAGCCCGAUCAUCCUCCGUCUUUCCAGUUCCUACCGAAGGAGCCGAUUAAGCCGGUUGCUCCAGUUGCGCCACUUGUGCCGGCUGGCUCGGACCCGCUUGCAGAGUUCUACGAGCAGGCGCGCACGGAGCGAAAUGCCGAAGAAGAGUCGCCCAAUGGAGAAGGCGGUGGUUCUCGCGCGAUGGUUCGCCAUGGAAGCGACGGCAAGGAGCUCAAGGGCUUCUUGUGCGACGGUGCUAGCAAGCCGCAGGAGAACUGUCCGAAUCAGGACGUGAUCGACAAGCUCGUCGAGCUUCAGGGCCUGCACGAGGCUAAGCCCACAGAAGACGACAAAUGGCGCGCGUUCUCAUUGAGCAAAACUAUCCGUGCGCUGAAGGAGUAUCCAACGCGCCUGAAGUCCGAGGAGGAGGCGAAGAAGAUUGUAGGUGUGGGUGUGAAGACAGCGCAGAAGAUCAUGGAGGUGAUCAGGACGGGCAACCUGAGGCGCAUCAAGCACGAGCGCACGGAGGAUAUCGUUGUGGCGCAGCUCUUCCAAGGCAUCUAUGGCGUUGGACCCGCCAAGGCGCGCGAGUGGUAUCUCAUGGGCGCGCGUACGCUCGACGAUCUUCGAGAGGGCAAGUUUGGCAUAAAGUUGAGCGAUGCGCAAAAGAUCGGUCUGCAGUAUUACGAUGACAUCAAUACGCGUAUGCCUCGUAAGGAGGCUGGCGAGAUCUUUGACGCUAUCAAACGUAUUGUCUGGAGAAUUGACUCGCAGAUUGUGAUCGAGAUCAUGGGCAGCUACCGUCGCGGCAAGGAGACGUGUGGCGACAUCGACGUCUUCAUCACUCGGCCGAAGGACGAUGGUUGGACGCACGCGGGCAUCCUCCCUCGCGUAUUCGAGAAGUUACACGCCGCAGGUAUCUUGACUGAGGAUCUGUCGAUGCCAGAGGAUCCCGAUGCUUUGGAGUGCUGCUAUCGUGGACUCUGCGUGCUCCCGGGAGGCAAAGGCGUGCGUAGGCGUAUCGACAUUCUCGCCGUGCCAUGGGAGAGCCGAGGUGCCGCAUUGAUCUACUACACGGGCGACGAUAUCUUCAAUCGAAGCCUGAGGUUGAAGGCGGGCAAGAUGGGCUACUCGCUCAAUCAGCGCGGGCUUUUCGCUGGUGUCGUGCGCGAUGCAGAUAGGGUCAAGACGAACAAGGGCACGAUGAUAGCGGGCGCGUCGGAGCGCGAGAUAUUCGAGAUAUUGGGUGUACCGUGGCAGGAGCCCUGGCAACGUGUACGCAACUGA